GAGAGGGAAGUCGCUCGAUUGGCUGAGCUUAACCUUUUGAGUGAAACAAAGGUAAGAUAAAGAAGGCACAUGUGGUAUAUACGCAAUUUUAACGUGCCGAUUUUCAAAGAAAGUAUUUGACAACCUGAGGACAGGGCGCAAAUUGUCGUCCCCCUUCGGUCGCUCGCUCCUGAACAGCUGAUCGCGGAAGAAGUGACAGCAGCAACGUGACGCGAUCCCACAUUUCGCACCGUCCUCCACCAGGAAGGUCCGCGGACGAGGCACUCGCGGGAGAACAUCAGAGUAGGUGUGUCCUCAACAUAAAUAUCUGCUGCAACGAUAACGAAUAAACGUCAACGCGAAAUGAUGCACAAGCAAUUGGCGAAGCAAAGAGAACGGUAGCACAUCGUAGCUAGGAUGACACGGUGAAAUACUUACAUGAGAUAUGUGAUGUUUGUCAUCUAAACACGAUGACAGACUUGGCGAAGAAGUUGUUGACGAGCAAGAUACUUGACAGAUGUAGUAAGUGGGUGGAGUCGCAGCAGGAUUAUCCUCAUUCCGAGGAGGAAACUCUGAAGCGAAAGUUGGAUGAAUCUGAAUACGAUGAUUGGUACAACACAGAUUCGGAAUUCGAUUCAGUCUCGGAAUGCGGUGCCAAGAGGCACAAGGUGGGAGUGCAAUUGAAGAAUGAAGUUUUGGAUCUUACCUGCGAGUGGACGGCGUGCACGUUCCGCGGCAAUUAUAUGGAUCAAUUUAUGAGGCAUGUCUCGAGUCACAUACCAAAUAUACAGAUAAGCAUGAAGGAUGAUAAUGAAGUUUAUGUGUGUCAGUGGAAGGACUGUUCUUACUGCACCGAUGUAAGCGAUGAGAUAGUGCAGCAUGUUAAUUACCAUGCCUAUCAUACCAAGCUGAAGUGUAUUGGAUCCAAUGUUCGUGGACGAACUAAGCUUCCUAGAUGCCGCAGAGAUCCAGAAUGGAGGAACAUUAUAGAUUCACCGUCUCCACAUAUGUGCAGAUGGGAAGAAUGUUUGAAAGUGUUCAAAAACUAUCAAAUGUAUCUGUAUCACGUGACUAUACACAUGACAGAUUGUCCACGUGGCAAUAGAGUUAAGGAUGGAAUUCAGUGCAAGUGGACAGGAUGCAACGGGAAAUAUCCUAGUUUGUACAAACUUCGUGAUCACAUGAAAUGUCAUACCAAAGAAAAAAUAGUCGCGUGUCCAGACUGUGGUGCCACAUUUGCCUCCAAAACAAAAUUUCAUACGCAUUGUCAGCGACAAAUUCCUUUGGAAGUACAGGGAUUUCAGUGUUCGCACUGCAAUAAGUUUUAUCCCACUGAGAAAAUCUUACGGGAUCAUAUGAGAUCCCAUGUGUUUAAUUACAAAUGUACCCUUUGCGAUAUGAGUUGUGAAUCGCCAGCGAGUUUGGCGAAACACGUGAGGUAUCGCCAUGUGUCGACCAGAACGUUUCCUUGCCAAUUGUGUUCGCAUGCUGCAAAAUCGCAACAGGAUCUCGACUCUCACAUGACUGUUCAUACUAAUGGCCCGAAUUUUUCUUGUCAAUUUGAAGGAUGCCUUUAUACGUGCAAAGGAGCUUAUACCUUGGAUAGGCAUGUAGAACGAGUACACGGUUUAGCGGUGCGAUGGUACUGCUGUCAUGAAUGUCCUAUCAAAUACCGGAAGAGUUAUAGAUUGACCAAACAUCUCAUAGAAACUCAUCAAUUGCAAUUGCCAAGUGGACACAAACGCUUCCAUUAUACACAGGAUGAGGACGGAUGCUACAGACUUCAAAUGGUCAGAUAUGAGACUGUAGAUGAAGAGAAUGAGUUGCUUGUUGAAGAGGCAAACUUAUCGAACAAAAAAUACAAGCUGGAAUUGAGUCAAACUACAUCAUUAACAAAAAUAAAAAUUGUUGAAGACAAUACAGAGGAGACAGAAACCAUUCAAGAUUUACAAGAAGAAAUAGCAGAUAGUGAUGUUGGAAAAUCUAUGCCUGUUAUAUCUAAUAUUUUAAUAUCUAUUGACGAAGUGGAUGAGAAAGGGAAUAUUAUAAAAAGACAAAUUGUUGAGACACAAGAAACUAAUGAGUUACCACCAUCAGAAGAACCGCCGUUAAUUUUAACAUAACAAUUCUAUAAUAAAAGAUGUAUUCCAUGAUUAUAUACUUUUAUAUCAUAUUAUACAUUGCGUUGAAGAUGCUUUUAUAGAUACAUUGCAUUGAAGAUGCUUUUAUAGAUAUUUAAUCAAUUUUGACAUUAAAAUUUACUUUGUCAAAAUUAUCCCAACUAAUUAAGUUUACAGAGCAUUGUUCAGACUUUUGUUUUAUUAUAAAAUUAAUAUCUAUAAUUGUAAUACUGCAUAAUGCAAAUGUAUUAUUUACUAUAGUUAUAUUUUUGUAAAAACAAUAAGUUACCUGAUGCUCAAUGAUACAUUUAACAAAAACCAUGUAAAGAAAUA